CGCCGUUCCUAUUUGCUAUCUAUGUGCACAGCUCUCGCUCUCUUUAAUAAAAUGCCAACCAUCCCCCUCCACCUCACUAAACCCACCUCAACCUCACAUCCUCCCGAAAACCCUCUCCCUCCGCUUCUCCAUACGCCAACCGGCCUCGCAAUUCUCGAACUCCAAGGAACAAUCCACUUCCCCAUGCCCAUUCCCGAAUCCUCCGCCUCCUCCUCAACCCAAGUCGGAAAACUAGUCUUCCCGCUCUAUAAAUCUGAUGCUCUUGACCCGAACGAUUUGAAAUGGAUGAAACGGGUGUAUUUUUAUAUCGGGAAGAAUCAGCGGUUGACGGGGGAGGUAAGGAAGUUGGGAAAGCCUUUUGCGGUUAUUAAGAAGAGGGAGAAGAGGGAGAAUGGGAAGGACAAGGUAGGGGACGAUGUCGAAAUGGGUGGGGCGGAAGAGGGGAUUCAGGAAGAUGGGAUUCAGGAAGAAUUGGAGAUUGUGCAGGUGGUGCGGUAUAAGAUUGUGUUUUCUACGAGGCCGGAGCCUGUCGGUGGGGAAGAAGUGUGAGGAGUAGCUAUGAUCGGUGAUUGUAAGAUUCAGCGAAGCGUGAAGAGUGACUUCAGUGCCAUGCUAGGGACGCGUGGAUUGCGGACGAACGAGAAUGACACCCCUUGAGAGCAACUAGCUAGAACGCACAAGAGAUACUCUCCCGGGCGUAAUACUCCAAUUGUCUCUAAAAGGAUAGAGGCGCAAUAGCUUCAAAGCAACUCCCGGAUCGCAAGAUCCAACAACCCGGCUUUGCAUUCAAACCCCCAGAAUUAGAACGCAUCGAACAAGUUCAAUGUCCUCCAUAGACCUUUGUGGUCAAGCGGCAUCACG